AGCAGCGCAUCGUAAGGAGCAGCCCUGCUGCGCACAGCCUUCCUACCAACGCUCCACCAUGUGGCAUCUGAUCCUGUGGGCAUCGCACCCCUCGUGGUCACCAAAGCACUUAAAGCUGGUCACCAUCUACAUGCUGGUGCUCUUGGUAUCGCUCAGCUUUGCUUCGAGACAGAGCAGACCUUUUAAACAUCAAAUAGACAACAGAAGCCCUGAGAUUGAUCCCUUUUGGUACGUGGGACGUGGCGUUCGACCCAUUGGCCGGUUUGGGAAGAGGCAGCUGAGAGGUGGCCGUGGAAGCUUAAGGCCUGUGAGCAGGCGCCUGGAUUUCCUCCUGAACGCCUUGUGGGAGCAGGAAGUGUUGGAUGCAGAGGACAGUGACUGGUGAUGGCUGUGCCCUGAGGCGGUGACCUAACCUCUGCUCUCUGAGUUGCCCCUACCCUGCACCUCAGGGCUCUGCUUUUGCCUGGCCAUCCCAUGCUGCUCCUCUCUCUGCUGCGGCAAAUUCCUUCAAGAAGAAACACAUUGAGGUUAGAG